UUGACCCGGAGAUAAAUUUGAUGAACUUCUAGAGACGAAGUGAUGCCAGCACACCUCUAAAAGAUUAAAUUAAUGUAUGUUAAUUCCACAGACCUAACCUAACAUGAGCUGCGACAUCAGAUGUAAUAAACUCCGAGCAGCACUUGAACGCGGCAGGAGUAGAAGCCGUGAGGAGUUCAGGGUCCACUUUACGGUCACAUUGUAGUUUUUACUCUUUUACUCUUUUAUUUCUGGAUGGAUCCUCAGCCUCCACAGAAGCCGUGGGAGAGGAGGAUACCUGGAGCCAUGAGUACACCUGUGAACUACAGGUCUGUAAACUUGGCCCCGCCUGUUGGCCCCUCAGGCUCUGUGGGCCCCCCCGUCCUGACCAGGAUGGCCCCCCCUGUGCCUCCUCGUUCUGUCCAGCAGGCCUACCGUCCCUCCUACGGCGCCUUCUCCUCCUCCUACAGCCCCUAUGGGAGCUCCAUGUACGGUGGGAGCUCCAUGUACGGGGGUACAGCCCCUACAGCUAUGGCGGGGUUUUGGCGGGGGUACGGCCGCCUCCCCCACACGGAGGAAGUGGCGCCCAGCCGGUUUGUGCAGCAGGCGGAGGAGAGCAGCAGGGGAGCGUUCCAGUCCAUCGAGAGCAUCGUGCAGGCCUUCUCCUCCGUCAGCAUGAUGCUGGACGCCACCUUCUCCGCCGUCUACAACAGCUUCAGAGCCGUGCUGGACGUGGCCAAUCACCUGACCCGCCUACGUGCUCACCUGACCCGCGUCCUGUCAGCCUUCGCUCUAGUACGCACGCUGCGUUACCUUUACCGCCGCCUGCAGAGGCUGCUGGGCCGGCGCUCUGACACUGAGGUGGAGGACUUGUGGACGGACAGCGCCAGUGACACCCUGACUGCAGCUGGAGGGGCGGAGCUUCACACCCCAAAGUCCUGGCCCAUCUUCCUGUUCUUUGCCGUGGUCCUGGGGGGGCCGUACCUCAUCUGGAAGUUGCUGAGCUCUAGCCCCGCCCCCGAAGAGCAAGACUCAAACUGGGCGAGUGGCGAGGACGACCACGUGGUGGCUCGAGCAGAGUUUGAUUUCUCAGCAGCGUCAGAGGACGAGAUUUCUCUGAGAGCGGGAGACAUGCUGAACCUCGCUCCUAAAGGUGAGAACUGUCCUGCUGCUCCUUAUUCUGUCCUCACCUGUCCUCACCUGCUCUUACCUGCUCUCACCUGUCCUCACCUGCUCUCACCUGUCCUCACCUGCUCUUACCUGCUCUUACCUGCUCUCACCUGUCCUCACCUGCCCUCACCU